AUGAAAAAUCUUUUGAAAGCGGUCGGAGAUACUCCUGGUCAGGUGACCGUGCGAGCAUCGUACAUUCCACCCAGACCAAACCACAAGUCUGUCACUAUGUUGUCGAGUGCUGGAAGUCGUGUGUGUAACAUGCUGCUGGCGCUGAUGCUCCUAUCGGUUUGUCUCCAGUCCUGUCAAGCCGGAAAGCACAACUACCACGAACACGAGCACCACGUCAAGGCCCACCACAGCCACAGCCACAGCCACAGCCACAAACACAGCCACGAUCAUCAUCACUACAAAGACAGCAGCAGCAGCAGCAGCAGCAGCAGCGGUAGUCUGGACUCCCUGCUCUUACUGUUGCCCUUCCUUAUGCAAAUGAUGGGAGGAGGAGCCGCCGCCCCCGCCCCCGCUGCAGCCGCCGCCCCUGCCCCCGCCCCACCAGGAUAA